CAGAGCUUUGACAAUUCUUGCAGAGGCUGCCAAGGUGUCAUCUUAAGGAUUUGGAGUGGCCUGCAAUUUCUUGGCAUCAAGGGUACAAUUCUGCCGUUUUCAAUGGUUGGAAUCUGACCUAGGAGCAAAGAAUACAGAUCUCCCAAAGGCUCGAGUUCAUUAACCUCAUGCAUCAAGGCUUGGAGGAGGUGCCAGAGCCUUUGUUUUUCAGCUACAUGUGACAAGAUUCAGUACAGGUGUGAUCUGAGCCCACCGCGAAGAUGCAGGCCCAAUGUGAGCAGGUAGAGUCGGCUGUUAAAGAAGAAGGAUGCUGACAAACUCCUUGAAACAAAUGAGUGGAUCCUUGAAACGCGCCUCCAUUAAACGUACAGUUUCUGGGUCACAGAAGGGCCACAAAGCUUGGAUCGAGAAACACUUCCAGAAGCGUGAUUGUAUUUGUGUAAUUCCGAACCCCAAAGAUCCACAGAGGUGCUGCUGUGGUCAGCUGAUUGGCCAGCAUGUCACCACUGCUCCAGUUGCUCCACGCAGUGACACAGGAGAGGAGGAGAAGCAGGUGGCUCAGCCUGGGAAAUGGACGCCCCAGAAGCACACUUGGGCUAGUCCCACUGAUGCUUACGGAGCCAUGGAAUUUCAAGGUGGAGGUCACACCAGCAAAGCUAUGUACAUUCGUGUGUCCUAUGACACCAAGCCUGACCUCCUGCUCCAGCUCAUGACCACAGAGUGGGAACUGGAACUGCCGAAGCUCCUCAUAUCCGUCCAUGGCGGACUGCAGAACUUUGAACUUCAACCUAAACUGAAGCAGGUGUUUGGUAAAGGUCUAAUCAAAGCAGCAAUGACAACAGGAGCCUGGAUAUUCACAGCUGGAGUCAACACUGGUGUGAUCCGUCAUGUAGGAGAUGCCUUGAAAGAUCAUUCUUCCAAAUCGCGUGGAAGGAUUUGUGCGAUCGGAUUUGCUCCCUGGGGCAUUGUAGAGAACAGGAUGGAUUUAAUUGGGAAAGAUGUGACCAGACCCUAUCAAACAAUGUCUAAUCCUUUAAGUAAAUUGACUGUGCUCAGCAACACACACUCCCACUUCAUCUUGGCUGAUAACGGCAGCCUGGGCAAGUAUGGAGCUGAGGUUAGGCUCCGGCGACAACUGGAGAAACACAUUUCCCUGCAGAAAAUCAACACACGGCUCGGUCAGGGAGUACCAGUGGUGUGUUUGAUCGUAGAAGGUGGUCCCAAUGUGAUAUCGAUUGUCCUAGAAAGUCUCCGUGAGGACCCUCCUGUGCCAGUGGUGGUCUGUGAUGGCAGCGGAAGAGCUUCUGACAUCUUGGCAUUUGCGCACAAGUACUCAGCAGAAGGAGGAAUAAUCAGUGAGUCGGUGCGAGAUCAGCUCAUGGUCACCGUUCAGAAAACUUUCAAUUACAGUCGCCAACAGGCACAGCAACUGUUUGUCAGCAUCAUGGAGUGUAUGAAGAAGAAAGCAUUGAUCACAGUUUUUCGAAUGGGUUCAGAAGGACAACAGGAUAUUGAUCUUGCUAUCUUAACAGCUCUGCUAAAAGGUACGAAUGCAUCAGCCCCAGACCAGCUGAGCCUAGCAAUGGCCUGGAAUCGGGUGGAUAUUGCCCGCAAUCAGAUCUUCAUUUUUGGAAAUCACUGGCCGCCAAUGGGCAGCAGAUCUGAAUCUGCCCCUCAGGAAGUCAAAAAAUCUGUAAAACAGCGGCCAACUAAAGUAAAGGGAAAAGGGAAGAGGAAAGGGAAGGAUGAAGUGAAAGAGGAGAGUGACCCACGGAAGCUGGAGCUGCUGAACUGGGUGAACUCACUGGAACAGGCCAUGAUUGAUGCACUGGUUCUGGACCGUGUUGAUUUUGUGAAGCUGCUGAUUGAAAACGGAGUAAAUAUCUACAAUUUCCUGACCAUCCCUCGAUUAGAGGAGCUUUACAACACGAGGCUGGGCCCUCCCAACACAUUGCACUACCUAGUCAGAGAUGUCAAAAAGGGGAACUUGCCCCCUGAUUACCACAUCAGUUUGAUCGACAUUGGGCUGGUCAUAGAGUACCUGAUGGGAGGAGCCUAUCGCUGCACUUACACAAGGAAAACAUUCCGCACACUCUACAAUAAUUUAUUUGGGCCAAAGCGGCCAAAAGCUCUGAAACUUCUGGGAAUGGAGGAUGAUGAACCACCCUCAAAAUCCAAGAGGAAGAAGAAAAAGAAGAAGAAGGAAGAAGAGAUUGACAUUGAUGAGGAUGACCCAACCAUUGGCCGAUUCACCCAUCCGUUCCAUGAGCUGCUGGUGUGGGCUGUAUUGAUGAAACGGCAGAGAAUGGCGUUGUUUUUUUGGCAGCAUGGUGAAGAAGCUCUGGCCAAGGCCCUUGUCGCUUGCAAGCUUUACAAAGCCAUGUCAAACGAGUGUUCUGGCAGUGAGCUCGUGGAUGACAUCUCGCAGGACCUGGACAACAACUCAAAGGAUUUUGGGCAGCUUGCUGUCGACUUGUUAGACCAAUCAUACAAACAUGAUGAGCAGGUGGCAAUGAAACUGCUGACAUAUGAACUGAAAAACUGGAGCAAUUCAACCUGCCUGAAACUGGCAGUGACUGCAAAACACCGCGACUUCAUCGCACACACUUGUAGCCAGAUGCUACUGACUGAUAUGUGGAUGGGGCGGCUUCAUAUGCGGAAAAAUCCUGGCCUUAAGAUUAUGUUGGGAAUCAUAUUCCCACCAGCCAUUCUCUUCAUGGAGUUUAAAAGUAGUGAUGAUUUAUCGUAUGAAGCAACUGGAGACAAUGAACAGGGGAAAGAGAAGGAGGAAGACAAUGAUGCAAACACUGAGGCUGUUUCAAGAAAAGGAGAUGAAGAAGAUGGGAUGGAAAAUCACAGAAGCAUCCCGAUUGGAAGAAAGAUUUAUGAGUUCUACAAUGCACCAAUUGUUAAAUUCUGGUUCCAUACGAUGGCAUAUCUUGCUUACUUGCUGCUCUACAACUAUGUAAUACUGGUGAAGAUGGAUGGCUUGCCCUCAAUUGCAGAAUGGAUUCUCAUUUCCUACAUUUUGAUGUUGGCAGUUGAGAAAAUCAGGGAGAUUCUGAUGUCAGAGCCAAGUAAACUGAGGCAGAAGGUGAAGGUGUGGAUGCAGGAAUACUGGAAUGUCACAGACAUGGUGGCCAUCGCUAUCUUCAGCUGUGGUGUGUUACUGCGGCUCCAGAGUCAACCCUAUAUGAGCUAUGGUCGUGUCAUCUACUGUGUGGACAUCAUCAUCUGGUAUAUCCGUGUCCUUGACAUCUUUGGCGUCAACAAGUACCUUGGGCCCUACGUGAUGAUGAUUGGGAAGAUGAUGGUUGACAUGCUGUAUUUUGUGGUCAUUAUGCUGGUGGUCCUGAUGAGUUUUGGAGUGUCAAGACAGGCCAUUCUACAUCCGGAUGAGGAGCCUUCCUGGAGAUUAGCCCGGAACAUUUUCUACAUGCCCUACUGGAUGAUCUAUGGAGAGGUGUUUGCAGAUCAGAUAGACCUAUAUGCCAUGGAAAUUAAUCCUCCUUGUGGAGAGAACCUGUUUGAUGAUGAUGGGAAGCGGCUCCCUCCCUGUAUCCCUGGGGCCUGGAUUAUUCCUGCUAUCAUGGCAUGUUACCUUCUCGUUGCUAAUGUCCUGCUCGUAAAUCUGUUGAUUGCUGUCUUCAACAACACUUUCCUGGAGGUGAUUUCCAUCUCUAACCAAGUCUGGAAGUUCCAGCGUUAUCAGCUAAUCCUGACAUUCCACGAAAGGCCUGUCUUCCCACCACCGCUGAUCAUCUUCAGUUACUUGUCCAUGAUUGUACAUCAGUGCUGUAGCAGGAAGAACAAGGAAGUGGAAGAACGUGAUCGGGGACUGAAACUAAUCCUCAGCGAGGAAGAGCUGAAGAAGCUGCAGGAGUUUGAGGAGCAGUGUGUGGAACAGUACUUCACACAGAAGGAAGAUCAAGAACAAUCAUCGAAUGAUGAGCGGAUUCGGAUCACAGCUGAAAGAGUGGAAAAUAUGGCAAUGCGCCUGGAGGAGGUGAAUGAGAGGGAACAUUUCAUGAAAGCAUCACUCCAAACUGUGGACAUUCGAUUGGCCCAACUGGAGGAAUUCUCUGGCCGUAUGGUCAAUGCAAUGGAAGUUCUGGCUGGUAUUGAUAAGGCUGAGCUAACUCACACUCGCUCAAGAUGUCCUUCAGAAUGUGAUGCCUCCUACCUGAUCAGACAAAACAGUACCGAAGCAACCAGCAUGUAUCGCUUCCAUAUGGAUGGAGAUGACACUAACUUUGAAGACAGCAUGGGUCUAAUGUCCCCCUCAAUGGGAUCUCAAAGGAAGAGUUAUUCGGCUAUUAUUCCGAGAGAGGAAAAGGAACUUGUGGAACAGAAAGUGAGUAUGACACCAAAACGUCGGUUUGGGUUCUACCAAUCCUCCAGCUCCCGUAAAAUGAGGGAAGAGAGUCUGAGGCUGGAAGUUGCACAGGACCCCAGUAGUUUCAACUCUUGUGUUGAUAUUUUUGUUUCCUCAUCUGACGAUUGUCUGAACCCACUGAAGAUAAAAAAGGAAGCUAAUUACCAAAAGUUCCUGCGUACAGUAGAAGCAGAGUUUAGUGGAAAAUUAGAAACAAAAGCUGGAUCAGUAGGACGAACAAAAUUGGAAACUCGUUUCUCGUUUCCCUUGGAAAAGGCCAAAGAAGCUAAUUAUUUUUCUUCACAGACAUAUAGUACAUGCCAGACCACAGUGGUAAAGUCUAGAAGCAUUGUCUUUGGAUUAGAAGGUAUGGUAUCUGGUCAAGAAGAAAUCCGGAACUCGGACAAUGACUAUACUAUAGACCAUGCAUUUACUGCCAAACCCUCUUCCACACAGACCCCAGAAUGGGUCACUCAGUGCAACCGUAAGUUUUAUAAAAUUCUGCCUGAAGAACAGAUGAUGGUGGAAGAAGCCGCUCCCCAAAAAUUACCAUCCUCUCCUGAGACACUGGCGGAACAAAAGCAGGAGCUGACAGAUACAGAGGAGGACACCAGCACUUCAAACUGUACCUUGGAUCCCUGCCUCUCUAGAGGAGAGAUACCACGGUCAGUUCCAAAGUCUAAAAACUUUCUAACAGUCACACCAGAUAGAUUCACCACCUUGAGGUCAAAGAGUCUUCAUGGACAUUGCAGAAAAACAGCUCCCAUGAUUGGAGAAAGCUUCAAAAAACCAAAGCAGGCAUUCAGCACGAAAGACCUGCGCCAGGUGUCCGGAGAACCCCGGCGAACGGGCAGCAGCCGAGCACCAGGUCCAAAGAAAAAGUCCACUGAGACCUUUUGCUAAAGGAUCUUUUGCUGCCUCCUGUUACCCAAAAUUCUAGUUAUUACCAGGUGAAUCUUAAUCUACCAUCCUCAUCACAUAUUUGAAGCAUCUUUAGUUUUUUUUUCCACACAAAUUUCUCUUCUUUCUCCCCUAAAGAUGUUAGCCUCAAUGUGGGACAGAUACAGGGACACCAGCAGGUUUUCUGAUACUUCAGCCCUGGAGGAGCAGGCUUAAUGGGCCAGAAGACCCACUCUUGCUCUAUUUGCAAUGUUACUUAAAUGACCAAUGUUCUAUGAGCCCACACAGUGAAUUAAGAAAAAGUCACAAGACUAUCAAUAUUGCCCAUUCCUGAUUUCCCUCAAGAAAAUUGUGAGCCACUUUCUCAAAUUGCUACAAUCCAAGUGCUAUUAAGCAAGUAACUCCUAAGCAAUGAAGAAAUGGUAAUAUUUCCCAGGUCAGAAUGAAAUGUGACUUGAAGCUGAAAUUGCAGGUGACAGUGUUGCCAUGUUUCUGCUACCUUUGUCUUUCUUAGUGGUUGAGACUGUGUGCUGGAUGGUGAGCCUUUGCGAGUUGCUGCUUUGCAUCUUGGAGAUGGUACACAUUGUUUCUCCUGUGCACUGGUGGUGGAGGAAGUAUAUGUUUGAGCUGGUGGAUGUGGUGCCAAUCAAGCAGAAUAGUGCUAAAUUCUGGAAGUGCCAGAAAUGUUCCUGCAUUCUCCAGUUCAGUCACAUUGUAAAUUCACCCAUGGUCAUCAGAUAAUGAUGAUGAAUAUGUGUUGUCUAUUUGAUCUGAGAAAUUGCACAAGAUAUCUCUUCCUAAAGUGAACUGUGUUAAAACUCUCAAGAAUUGUAGAGUCAUAGAGCAUGGAAGCAAGCCCAUCCAUCCAACUUGUCUGCGCCAAACAAACACCCCAAUCUGACCUAGUCUUAUUUGCCAGCAUAUGGUCUAAGCACUUCCUAUUCAUUUACCCAUCCAGAUGCCUUUUAAAUGUUAUAAUUGUACCUACGUCCACCAUUUCAUCUGCCGGCUCAUUCCAUCGAUGCACCACCUUCUCCGUCAGAAGUUCCCUCAGGUCCUUUUUAAAUCUUUUCCCUCUCACCUUAAAGCUAGUCCUCUAGUUUUGGACUUUCCCACCCCAGAAUAAAAGACCUUGGCUACUUACUGUAUCCCUUUGUCUCAUGAGGUCACCCCUCAGUCUCUGAUGCUCCAGGGAUUAAACUCCCAGUCUAUUUAGCCUGUCCCUAUGGCUCAAACUCUCCAUUCCUGGCAAUAGCCUUGUAAAUCUUUUUUUGCACCCUCUCAAGUUUAACAACGUCUUUUCUAUAGAAGGAUGACCAUAAUUGUACAGUAUCCCAAAAGUGGUAUCACCAAUGUCCUCUACAACUGUGACAUGAUAUCCCAACUCUUAUAGCCAAAUGCCUUCUUCAACACUCUAUAGACUUGUGAAAUAUGCACUUGCACCCCAGAUCUCUUUGUUGGCAACUCUGUCCAAGCCCUACCAUUAAAAGGUAUAAGUCCUGCCCUGGUUUGCUCUACCAAAAUGUAAUACCUCAAAUGUAAAUAAAUUAAAUUCUGUCUGCUACUUCUUGGCCCAUUGGCCCAUCUGAUCAAGUUCCCAUUGUACUCUGAGAUAAUCUUUUUCACUGUCUACUACACCACCUAUUUUGCUGUUAUUUGCAAACUUACUAACCAUAUCUCCUAAGUUCACAUUCAAAUCAUUCACAGAAGUGAUGAAAAGCAGUGGACCCAGCGCUGAUCCCUGUGGAACACUGCUGGUCACAGGCCUCCAGUCUGAAAACAACCCUCCACCACACCCUCCGUCUCCUACCUUCAAGCCAAUUUCAUAUCCAAUUGACCAGGAACCCAUGCAUCCCAUGUAUCUAAUCUGACUAACCAGUCUACCACACGGAACCUUGUCAAACGCUUUACUGAAACCCACGUGACAACGAGAAGACGUUGCUCUGCCUUCAUCAAUCUUCUUUGUCACCUCUUCAAAAAUCUCAAUCAAGUUAGUGAGACAUGAUUUCCUACACACAAAGCCACAUCGCUUAUCCCUAAUCAGUCGUUGUCUUUUCAAAUGCAUGCAAAUCUUGUCCCUCAGAAUCCCUUCCAAUAACUUACCCAUCAAUGACAUAAGGCUCACUGGCUUCUAUAAGGUUCAGCAAUCUUUUUCCUAGAAUCCCACAAAGGUCUGGAAAACACCUAAUCUUGAUUGAAUUAAACUUCAAUUCAUUUCAGCAGAGUUACUAAUUGGUCUGAUCAGUGUUUGAUUUGUUGAACAGAAUUUGAAUGAAGGAAAUUCAGAAAAACAUGUUUUAUCUUGCAAACAGAGAUUGACUCUUAACUGCCCUCUGAAUAGUUGUUCAAGGGCAGUUAGAGAUGGUCAGCAUGCUGGUGACACCCACAUCCAUGAAAGAAGAAAGAAAGAGUUGAAUUAUUUUUCCUCUUGAUUCCUUCUUUCAGGAUGUAAGUUAAACUGCUAAAGAUGUUUUUAAUUUUGUUUCCUUUCAUCUCGCUUUAUUUCAAAAAUACUUUCAGAGUUUGAUUCCAGCGCUGCAAGCACUGAGUGUGAACUGACAAUGUGCUGCAACCAUUUAGACUCAAUAGAACUUGUAUCAGUUUCAGCCACUGGAACCUGCAGUCAGGUAGUGGACUUGCUGAGUUUGUUUCUGUCUACACAGUGAAUUUAUUGUUAUCAAAUUUAUCGGUUUAAAAUGUCUCGAUAAUUUUCUGCAAUGUGCAGAGUGACUCCGAAUACUUGUCUUUUUCAUGUUUUAACUCUUG